AUGCGCGCACCAGAACCGCCCAAGCGCAAGGUAUUCAACUGCAUCGUCGAUGACACUGCCCUGGUCGCUGGAGUAAAGAAGAGCACCCGCGAUGGCAUCCGCAAGUGGAUUUCACAGGGCGCUAUACGCCUGUUCGUUCCGCUACAUACACUCACUCAGCUCCACCGCCUCAAGAAAGGCGAUGAGCGCGUUAACGCCGAUGCCCGCGAAGCCGUCAAGUGGCUGGAUGAGGUCACAUCUAUCCCUGCCGUCGAAGUAGCGAACUGUGUCCAGCUGGAGGGCGUCGACGAGGCAUACACUACAUGGGAAGAGGUAGCACACUUUCUGCUCCCGGAGACAUUGCUGUCCAUGGACGAUAGCGAGUCUGAAGAAGACGACUACCAUGAAGAUCUGGAGAGCUCCUUCAACGCGCUUGACGUAUCCGACCAGACUUCCAUGAGCUCCACGCAUAGCUUCGACGAUGCGCCGAAGACGCCAGACUCGCCCAAGUCCUGCUUGAGCAAGGACUUCAAGCCUACAGGCGAAUUCCCAUCAGAGCCAAAGGCAGCUAGUGUGGCCAUGGAGUCUCCCGAUCGCACUGCGCGCAAUAGCGCUGAGAUUGCUCGUGCCGGAAAGUCGCCCAAAGGAACCAUACCUGGCCACCUACAACCCCUCUUCAACCAUAUUCUGUGGCGCAUCAACAAGGAAGAAAAUCCGGAUGCAGCCCUCGAGUCCUUCAUCCUCCUCACAAAUGACCCCACCAAGCAAGCCAUCGCGCAGAAGUUUGGCAUCCGGGCUAGACGUCUAGAGCAGCUUCGUGACGCUGUUGCGCGCGAGGACCGCGAAUAUAAGAACCAUCUGACCAUGCACAAACUUGAGGUCGAGUCUACCGCAGCAAAGGAGAGCCCUGUGAUGGCGGAAAAAGCAGUCGAGCGCCCUACCUCGAGUCCUGUGAACAACACCAAGCCCGAAGAAAACUCCGAUGACGAAGACGUUGUGCUCUUCCAGCGUGCUCCGCGAGGCCCUGCUGCCGCUACCAACAACCAGCGUGUACUUGAUCCCAACGACUUCGGACGCGCCAAUCAACACCGCUCCCCACGCGGCGGUCGUGGAGGCCACAUCCCCCCUCGAGGCCGCGGCGGACCAGCUUUCCGAGGCCGUGGAAACUUCGCACCGCGUGGUGCGUACAUGCCUCCAGGCCCAGCCUUCCGUACUCCAACCACGCCUCGUCAUGACCCGAACCAGCCCAUCGAUCCGAACUCGUUCACUCGGCCUGUGAUCAAGGCGAGCCCUGUGCGCGGCGCUGGCAGGAGGAAGCUAUGGGAGCCAAAUUAG